AUGAAUAAUUUGGGAUUUAUUUGCUUAGUUUCAGCAUGUACUGUGGCUUCUAUUUUGGCUGUGUCACCUACCCAAAGAGCUGCAAUCCAAGCAAAGUUGCUUUCAGGAGGAUUAGCUUGCAUAAAGGAUCACCCUCUAUCGGCUUCAGAUAUCAAGGACUUCAAGCAGAAGAUGCUACCAGACAAUGAGAAUGCUAGGUGUUUUGCCGCCUGCCUUUUUAAGAAGAUUGGUAUUAUGGAUGACAUGGGCAAACUCUCCGCAGCAGGUGCUCAAGACAGUGCUAAAUCAAUCUUCAGAAAUAACGACGAGCAUCUAUCCAAAGUUGGGGAACUCGUUGACAAAUGUUCUUCUAUAAAUGACGAAAUGACUAUGGACGAUGAAAAAGGAUGCGAGCGAGCUAAGAUGGCAUUUACGUGUCUAAUUGAACAUGCUCCAAAGUUCAAUUUCGACAUUGAUUUUUAA